CGAGCGGAAGCAGGGUUGGAAAACACUGCCACGAAACCUGCAGCCAACUGUACACUUUAACAACUGUUUUAAAUUUUAAAUUUUAUUGGAAACUUCGAGAUCUAUCUAGAAAUCGCAUGUGAAGCCGUACAUUUGUUCUCACAAAGUAGACACACGUUACGUAACCAAAAAUGCCGAGCAGCACAUGUUUGUUGGAAGCGGAGGAAACUGAUCCGUUGGUGCAGAGGUUUGCCGGUAUGGGCCUCGACCACGACCCGAUGCAGCCCUCGCAGGCUCUCCUGCAGUCUCGCCCGGGUACUCAGUUAGGUUUACUGGGAGCCGUGCUGGACCUAAAACCGCUGUCUCGAUCACAGACCAUCUCGGAGGAAGAGGAGGACGAGAAAAGGAGGGACGAGGAUUCCCGGGAUGAGCUCCUGCCCAAGGCCCGGGGACUGACGAUGGGUUCGGGUAUGGAGGCCCCGUCGGAGCCUGUGGUUCUGUUUGAGGACGGGCUUGGGGAAUCGCCUUCUCAGUCGGUCAGCGGAAUGAUGCUUCUCCCUACGGGUUACGGAGAGCCGGAGUAUGAGGAGCAGACGUUGAUAAACUCACGGAGGAAGAGCGUGACCGAGUGUGUGGGGGUGCCCAGCUCGGAGCAUGUCGCUGAGAUAGUCGGCCGCCAGGGCUGUAAGAUAAAGGCUUUGAGGGCGAAGACAAACACAUACAUUAAGACUCCAGUGAGGGGGGAGCAGCCUGUGUUUGUGGUCACUGGUCGUAAGGAGGAUGUGGCCGUGGCCAAGAGAGAGAUUCUGUCUGCAGCUGAACAUUUUUCCCUCAUCAGAGUGUCCCGCAGUAAGGCCAGCCCUCUGUCCGCGGUCGCGGCGGGGCUCACCGCGGCCCCCAGCCUCCCUGGACAGACCACCAUCCAGGUGCGCGUGCCGUACCGCAUGGUGGGGCUGGUGGUGGGACCCAAAGGCGCCACCAUCAAACGGAUCCAGCAGCAAACACACACCUACAUCGUGACGCCCAGCAGGGACAAGGAGCCCGUGUUUGAGGUGACGGGGAUGCCGGAGAACGUGGACCGCGCCAGAGAGGAGAUCGAAGCGCACAUCGCAUCCCGGACGGGCGGAUGCCUGGAGCUCCCCGGCGACGACGACGACUUCCACUGCAACGGCACCGACGUGAGCCUGGAGACCGCGGAUUACGAGGGCGGCGGCGCCUGGCUGGUCUCCGCUCGCACCAUCACGGCCAGUUACCGUAACGACAGUUCCAGCUCCCUGGGCAGCGGCUCUGGGGAGUCGUUCUACAGCGCGGCGGGCGGGGGCGUGGCCAGGCUGGCCGACCUGAGCCCCACCAGCCCUUAUAACGGCGGCGGAACGUUCUGGUUCGGCGAGACGCUGCUGCCGCUGGGCGCCGAGGAUCUGGCCGGAGACUCCGGGGGAGUCGAGAGCGUGGGGGUGUGCGGUAACGGCGGGCAGAUGUUAUGGAGCUCGUUCGAUCACGGCGGGGUGCCCAUGUACGACUGCGCCCAGGCCGCGUUGCGGAGCAGUCAGCCGGGAACGCCGCGCCUCUCUCCCAGCCUUCCCGACGCUCUGGAACACCCGCUGGCCCAGCUGAUCCAGGGCGGGUACGGUGUGUCCGACAGCCAGCGGCGUUCCGUGUCCGGCCCGGCCUUCUCCUCCUCCAGUGACAGCACGGCCUCCUGUUCUCCGCCAGAGUCCCAGUACAGGAGCCCGCGGUACCACUGCGCCCUCUGCAGGGAGAGCGACGUAAGCACAGCCCUGGUGCCCUGUGGACACAGCCUGCUCUGCAUGGAAUGCGCCAGCCACAUCUGCCAGGGGGCGGAGCCUUUCUGCCCCAAGUGCCACUCACGGGUCACACAGGCCAUCCAGCUGCGCAGCGUCUGAGGGGUGGGACAGGAGGAGGGAUUAUUGAUUUAGGGGGCGGGGUUUGCGUGUGAGGGGCAGACCUUGGCAUUUUUUUCCGAAGGGGUGGGUUUUGUUAUUUUGGGCUCAAGGCAUUUAA